AUGGGAGUCAUUUUAUUUGAGCUCAAAGGAUUUUUAAAAUUACUUUUUUUGACUUUUAUAACAGUUUCAACCUCCUCAGAAGUUUUAAUUGUUUAUUCUCAUGCAUCAAAGAGCGCCGCUGCAAGCUUAUUCGCCGAUGUGAUAACAAGUGUUUCCAAUAUCUCCUUAAUUGAAAUAUUUUCUUGUGAUUUUAACUUUCUUGAUGAAGAGAUUUCAAAACAUCCCAACCUAAUUGCUAUUUUUGACAUCACAGAUAACUUAACUUCUCAAUUUAAGAUAUCAAAGCUUUGCAAAGACAAGCUUCUUAUACAUUUUCUAGUUUCUGAGAGCAUGCCUUACAAAAAUAACUGAACUUUUAUGCUUUCUGCCCCAAAAACAAAUCUAUGUGAGGCUUUUAUUACAACAUUAAAAUACUUUAAUUGAACUACUGGUGUCGCAUUUAGCAGUGUUAAAAAUUAUCCAAUUUAUCAAGCCAAUCUUCAUAAUUAUUCUGAAAAAAUAGACUUAUUUUCUGCGAGCUCAGGAGCCUUUGUUACAAAUUUUAUUCAAAAAGAAGUCUUGAGGCUAGGCUCAUCACUAUUUUAUUUGUUUGCAGACAAUAAUAGCUCUAUUGAAAUACAAAAAAAUUUAAAAUCUUCGAAAAUGCUUACUAAUGGAACUGGAAUUCUACUAAUCAGCGAAAGUAGUUAUGGAUCAACCAUAGAAGGAGCAUUAGCUAUUGUCGAAAAAGGCAAAGAAACUGCAGAAUCUUAUGAGAAAUACCUAUAUCUUACUAUUUUAGACAUGAUUUCUCUUUUAAGCAAUGCUUCAAGUUAUGAUGACUCUUUAAUUAUGUUAUUGGAAAAGUGCCCAAAUCACUAUUGUGUUAAUGGAUUCUCCCUUGUAAAUAUACAUGAAAACCAAAGAAAAUUUGUUGGAUCUAUAACCAAUGGGAUAUUAAUGUUGAAUUCCUCAAUCGUUUUCCCAGGGAAUUCUGUUGAAAUUCCAAUAUCUCAAAAAAAAUAUUUAUAUGUCAGUGCCAAUGAUGGGACAACCAACCCUGAUGCUGCCCCUUCUGAAUUCGUGAUACUUUAUAAUAGAGGGUUUGCAUCAGCUUUAAAAGAUAUGAACACUGGUAAUGAUAUUUUACAAAAUUUUCAGCUGAAAUUGAAUGAUUUUGAUUGUGGAGCAGCUGUAUAUAACGCUGCUUUUAAUUAUAAUUGCAUUAAUAAAGAUAAAGAUAAACUAGGUUUGGCGCGCAUUAUGGCUUCGAGCUCUCUAUUAGCUUAUGGAGAAAUUGCCACGCUAGCAAAAUUAAAUAUCACUCUACCUUGCAUUGGGGCUUUAAAUGUCGAUUCAGGCCUUUCAAACUCUACCAAAUAUCCAUUUUAUUCAAGAGUGAGUGUACCGAGCACUGUCUUAUUUUCACAAGUUCCAUUAAUAUUAAAAGUCAUGGGCUGAAGAAAUAUCGCGAUUUUAUAUCAGAAUGAUAGCUUAGGCACCACAGCAAAUUAUUAUAUCAAUCAAGCGAAUGAAAAACAAAAUUUAAAUAUCAUCAAUAAAUUAAAAAUAAUCCCUCCACUUUUGACCAGAGGCCAAUUAUCGUUAUUUGCAGAUUUUUGAACUUUGCCACCUAGAUUUGGAAUCUUUUCCGCGUGUGAAAAGAUGAUUCCAAAUGUGAAAUCAAAAGGGUUCCGCAGGUGAAAUUACCUUUUCACACGCGGAAAAGAUUCCACAUCUAGGUGGUAAAGUUCAAAAAUCUGUAAAUAACGAUAAAAAAUUAUUCGCAUGUAUUUCAAGAUAUUAUUGAUACAAAUGCAAGAAUGAUUGUUUUAAUAUUAAAUCCUCCUUUAAUUGAUUAUGCUGCAGAGCUAUUUUAUGAUUUGGGAAUGAGAAAGGGGGAUAUGAUUUUUUAUUCUCCUAAUGUAGGGUGGCUGUCUUCUGUGGCGAAUAAAGAUGAUUAUACAUAUAAAAGAAUAGAAGUUGCUAUUCCGUUAUUAGCUGUAUAUCAAUCAUUUUUUGUAGGUGAAAAAGGAAAAAGUGUUCAUGAUGAUUUAUAUAAAUCAUAUGGUAAUUUAGAGCCUAGCUCAUUCUCUUGUUUGUUUUAUGAUUCAUUAUAUUUAGUUGGGGCAGCUUUGGAUUGGACUAUAAAUCAAGGAAAAGAUUACACCGACCCUACAAGCCUUCAAUCAGCCAUAAGAAGUGUAAAAUUCGCUGGAUGCAGCGGAACUAUUUAUAUGCAAAAAAAUAGUAAUGAUGUACAAUUAACUAGUUUUACAAUCCAAUCUAACUUUUAUAAUUCUACAACAUCUGCAUUAAAAAUAUAUGACGUUGGGCUUUUAGCACCUACAAGCUUAAAAGUUUUGACCAUUGAAACUCCUUUCAUAUAUGCAGAUGGAACUAGUAAUAAGCCUACAGAUUUUAGGAUAACAAGGACUAAUUGUCCAUUUGAUGAUAAACUAAAGCAAACAUUUGCUAAAGGCCGAGCUUUGGUUUUUGGAAUUUGCUUUUUUAUUGCUGUUGUGACAACGAUUGUGACUUUUGUUGUUUGGAAAAAGUGAUGGAACUUGAAGGUAGAGGAGCUUACAAAAAGUGAAGAGCUUUCAAUAGCAGAUAUGAUUGUUGGGAUUACAAUUGUGGUAGAGUUUUUCCAAUUACUUUCACAGGGUCCUGAUAUCAGACCGUUAAAUUCAAUGUUGGAUGAUAUUGGAGAUGCAGUAUCCUUACUCCCCCCCCUCUGUGAAUGAACAAAAAAAUUUUGUUCACUCACGGAGGGGGGUUAAUUUUUUUUUUAAAAAAUUUAUAUAUAAAUUUUAUAGAAAAUAUUUUUUUCGAAAUUUAAAAAAAUCCUAAUUUGCAAAAAUUGGGAAUCAAAUAUUAAUUUAAUUUAUAAAAUUUAUGUUUUAAAACGCAAUUUGUUUAAAAUGAAACAGAAUUAGCUCUAGAUUUCAUUAUACUAAUUAUCACUUAUAUAUCAAAUUUUUUUUCCAUAAAAAAUUUUUCUAUUAAAAAAAAUUUUGUUCACUCACGGAGGGUGGGUUUUUGGUCAAAAAAUAGCAAUUUUUCUAAUGGUUUUGUUCACUUACGGAGGUGGGUGGGAGUUAGAUGUUAAGGGGCUUUUAAAGUUUGAAAAUAAUAUUUUUUGGUGGUUUUAUACAGCAAUCAUUAUUUUAUGUGGGCUUUGGUGUAUUUUUUGUAUAGAAAUUUUCUGACACCUAAUCUUCACUUAAGAGUGAUCGAAAUCAUUGGGAAAUAAGAACUUUUGUGAAAAUCAAUACUUUCUAAGAGGGAUAAAAAUAUUUUUAUUUAAAUAAAUUUUUUGUCUAAAAAUAUUUUUAUAUAUAAUUACUAAUUAUAUAAUGAGAUUCCUAGCUAAUUCUAUUAAAUAGAAAACUUAUAUCUUAAAUAUUAUUUACUCUCCCCUUUUUAAUUGGACCAAAAACUGUUCCAAUUUAAGGGGGAAUUAAUAUUAAAAAUUUUUAAAAACAAUCAAAAAUAUAUAAAAUGAACAUAAUAUAUUUGAAAUUUAAUUCAUUUUAUGAAAAUUAAUUAAAAAAAUAAUCCAUUCAGUAUAAAAACUGUUUAAAACACAAUUCUAUUUACUUUUUUCCAUUAAAUUAGAUCAUAAAAUUAGUAUUUUUACUUAAAAUAUUUUCCUAUUGAAAAAAAUAAUUUUUUACUCCCAAAAAAUGAAAAUUUACUGAUAUUUUGUUCCAAUUUAAAAGGGGAGAUUUAUUAAAUUAAAUUAUUCUUUUCAAAUAUAUGCAAAAUGAAUUAACUCUCCAAGCUUGGUGCUUAUAAAGCUGUGAGUUAGAUGAAACGUUCAAUAAUAUUUGAUUUUUUAGAGCUCUAGGAAUUUUAGCUGAUUAUUCCAUGCCAAUUUUGGGAAAUUUAUGCUUCAUCCCAUUUAUAUCAAUCCUUCUGGAAGUUUUUGUGUGUGAUAAUUCUAUUGGAAAUGAUUUUAAAGACAGCUACCUUUCUAUUGAUUGCUAUCAAUUCUGUUGACAAGGAAGCCAUAUUCCUUAUGCUAUUUUAUCAACUGUUUCAUUAAUAUGCUAUCAUCCUUUUGCAGUAUAUUGCAGGCCUCUUUGGCAAGAAUUUCAGCAUGAAUUGCAUGUAAAAUCAUUCCCUCUGUAUUUAAUGGUAAAAACAGUCGUCCAAGUGGUCUUAAUAGUUAUGAAUAAAACAAUUAAAAGAUCGAAUGAUAUAGCGCAUGGAUUUUUAUUUACUUUUUUAGUUAUUUUUUAUAUACUCAUUUUAUUGAAAUUUAAAGCUUAUAACUAUGAGAGGUUUAACUGAUGGCACAAUUUGACCCUUGCUGGUGUUACUUGGGUAUCUUUUCUAUCAACAAUGAAUUUCCUUAUUAAUGGAAAGAGCUUUCCAUGAAUUUCCCUUAUUUUAGGGGGAUGAGGAGUUUUAGCAUUAAUAGGAUUGCUUGUCCAGAAGAAAAAAUAUCCAAGUUUAUUAUUUCGAAAGAAAGGAAAAGAUACCUCAAACUUAUUUAAAUUUGCAUUUUCGUUUGGAAAGAAGUCGAAAGAUCACCAUUCAAAAAUAAUACCUCAAAAACUUGAUUUGCUUAGUUCUAAAUAA